GUGAACUGCGCGACCCGGCCAAGAACAUUCCGAAAGGCACUCUGUCGGCGGUGGCGUUCACACUGUGCUGCUACCUGACCAUUUCGGUGCUGAUUGCGGCCACCUGCGACCGCUUCCUGCUGCAGAACAACUACAUCUUCAUGCUGCCCACCAAUGUGUGGCCGCCCUUUGUCACCAUCGGCAUUCUCACCGCCACGUUCAGUGCCUCCUUGAGCAACCUCAUCGGCUCCAGUCGCGUGUUGGAGGCGCUCGCUAAGGAUAAUGUCUUCGGGCAGCUGUUGAUGUUCAUCAGCAAGGGAGUGUGGCGCAGCAACCCGCUGGCGGCCGUGUUCCUGUCGUGGCUGCUGGUGCAACUCAUCCUGUUGAUCGGCUCACUCAACCUCAUCGCUCAGAUCAACUCGGUGCUCUUCCUGCUCUCCUACCUCGCCACCAACCUCGCCUGUCUCGGCCUUGACCUCGCGUCCGCGCCCAACUUCAGGCCUUCGUUCAAGUACUUUUCGUGGUACACAGCGUUGAUUGGCCUGAUAGGAACUCUGGUGAUGAUGUUUGUGAUCAACUCGGUGUACGCUGCAUCCAGCAUUGUGCUCUGUCUUCUUCUAGUUCUCCUGCUGCAUCUCUUCUCUCCUUCUAGAUCGGCGCACUGGGGUUCCAUAUCACAGGCGCUUAUUUUCCAUCAGGUGCGAAAAUACCUACUAAUGCUUGACUCGCGGAAAGACCAUGUGAAGUUCUGGCGACCACAGAUGCUGCUGAUGGUUGGCAACCCACGCAGCUGCUGUCCUCUCAUCAGCUUCGUCAACGACCUCAAGAAGAGUGGCCUGUAUGUGCUGGGCCACGUCAAAGUGGGACCUGAGUUCAGCCAAAUGAGUGACGAUCCCACGCUCGACGAGUACUCACACUGGCUGUCACUCGUCGACCAUAUCAAAGUGAAAGCGUUCAUAGAGCUGACAGUGGCUCGAUCGGUGCGGGAAGGACUGCACCAUUUGGUGCACCUCUCAGGUCUGGGUGCCAUGAAGCCCAACACCAUUGUCUUCGGAUUCUACGACGAUCAAAUACCGCAUGACUAUUUCUUGGAUGCCGACUCGCCGUACCGCACAGAGCGGUUCCAGCAGGAGUGUGGAGGUGCCAGUGGUGGGGGUAGUGAAGGUGAAAGUGGAAGAGGCAGUGGAGGGGGUAGUGAGGUGUUUGGCCUGCGGCAGUCAGUUGAGGAGAAGCAGUUGAGCGGCCAGGAGUUUGUGUGUCUGAUCAGCGAUGUGCUGCGAAUGAAGAAGAACGUGUGUGUGUGUCGACACUUUCACACUCUCAACAAAGCAAAGGCCGCCGUCAAGUCGGGCAGUUUUAAAUACAUUGAUGUAUGGCCAGUCAACUUCUUCCAUCCAAACGCUGAGGAUCCGUUCAACACUACCAGCCUAUUUAUGCUACAGUUGGCCUGCAUUAUAAAUAUGGUGCGUGGCUGGAAGCACCUGCAGCUGCGUGUGUUCCUGUGCGACAGCAACAUGGCGGUGACCGGCCUGACCGAGUUCCACGCUCAACGCUCCACCGAACAGAGGUUCCGUCAUCUGCUGCACUCGCUCAGAAUUAAGGCUUCCAUACAUCCGGUGGCAGAAUGGUCGACUCAGUUGGCGUCCCUGAGAGGGGGAUCUGUGUUCCGGACCAAAGACCAUGAAGUGUCCGACGGUCAUGUGGCAAAAACUUAUUUGUCAAA